AGUUUGAAGUUUUUUCAAAAUAAAACGUUUUUUAAAAAACCCUCCAACAGCUAACGUUACCUGGGUUAUUAAGUCUAAUAAACAUGACUGACUUGCCCAAAGUCAUAUAGAACAUUAAUGUUUGGUCCAAAGCUAUCAUGACACCUUGAAGUAGCCUUUUCUGAAAAUAUUUUAAAUUUCUUUAAAAUUUCUUGUGAUCAAAUUAAUGUGUGAAUAUUUUUUAUAUCUAAAAAAUAAUGUUACACGUAAACUUUGAAAUUAAAAACUAACUUGGUAUUUUGUUUGGGCCUGAUAAUUCCUGGCUGUAGGGGCUGUUCUGGACAGUGUAGGGUAUAUAGCAGUAUCUCCGGGCUCUGCCAACUAGAUGCCCGUAGCAGAGUGUCCCUCCCCCUACCCACAAUCAAAAUGUCUCCAGACCUUGUCAGAUGUCCCCGAUACAGUUCUAGAGUCAGUGUGAUAUAACAAAGUCAAAAGGGAAAAGAAGGCUGGUCACAGUGGCUAAGGUGGGAAGGUCGCUUAAGCCCAGGAGUUCAAGGCUGCAGUGAGCCGUGUUUGCACUACUGUGCUCCAGCCUGGGUGACAGAGCAAGACUCCUUCUCAAAAAAAAAAAAAAGGAAAAAGAGGUAAAGAGGUUGGCAAUAUGUGCAAUAUACAUACAUAUGAAAAAAAAUUUAAAGAGACCAAGGGUUUUUCCAAUGGGUAUAUCCCAAACUUUGUCUUGUGUGUGUGUUUAAUCCUUUUGUGCUCUUAGAGUUAUCUAUUAAAUCAGUCCAAUAUUCUAUUUCACACACAUUUUAGAGAAUGAAUUUAUAACCAUUUUUGGAAUUUAAAUAGUACUUCCAUCUAAUGGUGUUAAUCAAUUAAUUCCAGCCCUGAUAUACUGGCCAGAUUCUGAGCCUGAAUGUCAGAUAUUGAAGUAAUGGGAGUUAAAAUAGUGAGUCUAAAGAGUGAGUUAACCACAAAUCAAAGUAGUUCUUCAAGAAGGAGCAGUACAGAGCUUCCGACACAUGGAGAAUGUGCAUUUCCAAGGUUUGAACGUACCAUAUAUGGCUAUGGUACCAGGCCUAUGGCUUUUGAACCAAUGAAUUUUUUGUAUACAUGCACUUAGCAAAACAAUAAUUACAUUUAUAAAGGGGGCCAGGCAUUGUAAAGCUAAAUAAAUAACAAAAUCCUGAGAGAAUUAGUAGAAGAAAACACUUUCAUAUUGUUCUCAGCAUUUAUUUUAAAACAUCUAAUUUGAAGGUAUCAAUUAACAUAGCCAGUUAACUGAUAAUACUAGCUAUCCAUUUUCCCUCUAAAGCAGCCUCGUUGUCUGGGAUAUCAGCUGAGGUUUUUUGUCUCAUGGCCACAGAAAUCAAGAAUGCAGACACACAAAGGGUGAAGUUAGAGAAGUUUAAUAGGCAAAAGGAAAAGGACAGCUCUCUCUCACAGAGAGAGGUCCCAAAUGGGUUGCUGUGCUGCAGUAAAAUGUAAGGGUUUUUAUAAAUGAGCUAGUAGGGAGUGGGUAUCUUACCUACAUAGGGCAUGAAAACCUGGUUAGGACCAGGUGUGUCAUCUGUAUAGAGUGGAAUCUCUGGCAGCCCCCACCCCAUUCUUUUCUCAUGCAGGCAGGCUCUUAGCUUGGGCUACUCCACACUGCCCAUCUCCUUCCACCUUGCGUGUGCUAACAAGAAGAGGGGGAGUUUCCAUGCCUUGUCCCGGCUACCUCCUUGCAGCUGCAGGCAUUCCCCCCCACCCCACCAUGCAAGCUUCUAGCUAACCUUAGUGUGUCCCUGUCCAAAAACGGGGAAAGGAAUGUGCUCAUUAAAGCCUACUGUUUUUACUGGGACCCAUUUAUGUAAGUUUGGUGAUUACCCAAGAAACUCUCCCUCUGUGCCGGAGAUGUUUAUCUACAUUACACAGUCCAAUCUUCCAGGCUGCUCUUUGUUAAAAGAGAAGUGAUUUAUUUGAACUGCCUGUGGUUAGAAUGGAAGCAACUUCUGAGCUGGUUUUUGUCAGAAGGAAAGCUUUUGCCAGGGACUCUUUCACCCUAUCUACCUACCUAAAUUAUUUCUAUCUCCUGUAUUGCCUCUACCCAUCUUAGUUCUCUGGCUGAGGUCCUGUAAAUUAGACUGGCCAAAGACAGGUUUGUAGCAUGACGAGCCGCAGACAAAACCCCUCAGACACCGAGUUGUAGAAGGAAGGGCUUUAUUCAGCUGGGAGCAUCGGCAGACUCACAUCUCCAAAAACCGAGCUCCCCAAGUGAGCAAUUCCUGUCCCUCUUAAGGGCUUACAACUCUAAGGGGGUCCACAUGAGAGUGUCGUGAUCGAUUGAGCAAGCAGUGGGUAUGUGACUGGGGGCUGCAUGCACCGGUAAUUAGAGUGGAACAGAACAGGACAGUGAUUUUCACAGUGUUUUUCUUUUUCUAUAAAAUGUCUGUAAUCUAUAGGUAACAUAACUGAUUAGGUCAGCAGUCGAUCAUUAACUACCAUGUCCUGCCUUUAGGCAAAGAAGGGGAAGGCAGAGUUUUUCUUUUAUUUGUUUCUUCUCAAUCAUCUUCAGCUCAAAAUAAUCCUUAUGCCAAAGAAGCGUAUGUUAGGGUGGCAUAUUCUGGUGUAACAUCUUUGUCUCAGCAGACAGUGAAAAAUAAUUUAAAAAGCCACCUUCUCUGCCCGUUGUCCUGCUGCACACUGCCCCCUGGUGGCCAUCGUUUUGACUGUUUUUGGUAAGGUAGCUUUUCUUUUUUUUGCUUUGAGACGGAGUUUCGCUCUUAACGGCCCAGGCUGGAGUGUAAUGGCGCAUCUCGGCUCACUGCAACCUCCACCUCCCCAGUUCAAGCGAUUAUCCUGCCUCAGCCUCCCAAGUAGCUGGGAUUACAGGUGCCUGCCACCACACCCCGCUAAUUUUUGUACUUUUAGCAGAGACGGGGGUUUCACCGUGUUGGCCAGGGUGGUCUCGAACUCCCGACCUCAGGUGAUCCACCCGCCUAGGCUUCCCAAAGUGCUGGGAUUACAAGUGUGAGCCACCAUGCCCAGCCCAGAAUGACCUUUGCUAUCUCUUGCCUUCUGCAUCUCUUCAUUCAAUCAUUUUCUCUUAGUUUAUUUAAUUCUAGUCAAUUAAAUUAAAUUCUAUAAAUAUGGAGAGAAAGCAAAAUAUCAUGAAAAGAGCAUGAGUUGAAAACCAAAUAGACUUGGGUGGUUCAUCUCAGCUGCUACCUGUGUGUCUGUGGGCAUACUACCUAGCUUAUUGGAACACUGUCUUAUCUGUUAAAUGGAGUUGUUUAAAAAUAACUCAACAUGCUCAGAUUAUGGAGAAAAUGAAAUUAGGUUGUAUAUUCAAAACAACUAAUAAUAGUUAAUAUUUUUAUGAUGUUACGAUUGAGAUUUUGAAUACAAUCUACUAUCUAGCUAUACAUAUUCACAUCUACAGAGAUUUUCAUCCUAAUUUACAAACAGAAAACUGAGGCAGAGAGACAUUAGCUAACUUGCUACGGUUAACAUAACUAGUAAGUGGAUUUGAACCCAUGUAAUGUGGCUCUAAAGUCCAUGAUUUUAACCACUACACACAACCUGGUAAAUCCUUGUUGAAAUAAGAAAGCAAUUUCAGUAAGUUGUACUGUACCAAAAGAAAUGUGGAAUUCAUCUCUUUUCACAACAUGCUACUGUCUUUUGAACAUUAAAAAAAACUAAUAGGCCAUUGAGAACCUUAUUUAUUCACCACCACUACCUAAACUAUCCUAAUCUUUAUGGGAACAGGAUAGAUGACUUCAAUGAGAAAGCGUUAAUAUUACUGAGUGCAGACUGAAAGACUAUCUCGAUGAUUAAAGACACAUUUUCUUCUUCUUUUUUUUUUUUUUUUUGAGAUGAAGUCUCAUUCUUGUUGCCCAGGCUGCAGUGCGGUGGCGUGAUCUUGGCUCACUGCAACCUCCGAAUCCCAGGUUUCAAGUGAUUCUCCUGCCUCAGCCUCCUGACUAGUUGGGAUUAUAGGCACGCGCCACCACACCCAACUAAUUUUUUGUAUUUUUAGUAAAGACGGGGUUUCACCAUGAUGGUCAGGCUGGUCUGGAACUCCUGACCUCGUGAUCCACCUGCUUCAGCCUCCCAAAGUGCUGGGAUUACAGGCAUGAGCCACCAUGCCCGGCCUUCAAUUUUUAACAUUUAAGAAAAAGUGACAUUCCAAGAAUAUGCAAGUGGAAAGCCAGAAAGCAUUUCCCUUAUCCUGUCCUGAGUUUAUUCUCAUAACAAUCUAGUUAUUUAAAAACUAAGUUACUGGAACAUAUUUGUGAUUAAUUUUAUGUGUCAACUUGACUGGGCCAUAGAGUGCCCAGAUACUUGCUGAAACAUUAUCCUGGGUGUGUGUGUGAGGGUGUUUUGGGAUGAGAUUAACAUUUAAAUGGAUAGCCUGAGUAAAGCAAAUUGAUCUCCCUAACAUACCAGUGAGUCUCAUCCAAUCAGUUGGAGGCCUGAAUAAAACAAAAAAACUGAUCCUCCCUGAGUAAGAAAGAAUCUCUCCUGCCUUCUGGUCUUUUGAUUGGGACAUCAGCUUGUUUCCUGCCUUCAGACUCAGACUGAAACAUUGACUCUUCCUGGAUUUCAAGCCUGCUAGCCUCUGGACAGGAACUAUGCCAUCAGUUCUCCGGGGUCUCCAGCUUGCUGGCUCAUCCUGUAGACUUGCCAGCCUCAGUGAUCUUGUGAGUCAAUUCCUUAUAUGAAUCUCCUUAUAUAUAUACCCAUACACAUACAUAUAUCGUAUUGGUUCUGUUUCUUUGGUAAACCCUAAUACAAUAUUUAUAUUUCUUUGUUUUUUUUUUUUUUAGACAGGGUCUCACUCUAUCUCCCAGGUGGGAGUGCAGUGGCGAGAUCAUGGCUCACUGCAGCCUCAACCUCCCAGGCUCAAGUGAUCCUCCCACCUCAGCCUCCUGAGUAGCUGGGACUACAGGCCACGCCAUCACGCUUGGCUAAUUUUGUAUUUUUUGUAGAGAGGGGUUUUACCAUGUUACCCAGGCUAGUUUCAAACUCCUGAGUUCAAGCAAUCUGCCCACCUCAGCCUCCCAAAGUGUUGGGAUUACAGGUGUGAGCCACUGCCCCGGCCAAUAUUUAUAUUUCUCAAAUGCAUCCUCUUUUUUCCAUGUUCACUUGUGCAAUUUUAGUUGAUGUCCUUCUUAAUUCUUUCCUGGACUAUUGGAAUAAUUUCCUUGUUCCAGUGUCAGUACAUCCAAUUCACCUGUCCCCUCCUUGCUUCUGGAGUGCUCUUUCUAAAUACAAAUAGGCUAAUGACAUACUGCUUUUAAACUUGUUUAGCACGCUAUUUCAUACCUUCAGGAUGAAAGUCAAAUUCAUUAGAUUGGUGGAUAAAGUCCUUCCCAAUCCAGUCAUUUCUUCAUCUCCAGCCACGCCACACUACCUCCCACUUCUUGCACAGAGCAAUCUGCCUUAGCCUCUUGGUCUUGCACUCUUGUAUGUUCAGUUACUUCUGCCUGGAAUGCCUCUUUCUUAUUCAAUCAGGAAAUUCUCAUAACAGGUGUGUGUCUGACAUUGUGUCACCUCCUUAGCACACACCUUGGAUUUACCUCCCUGAACUCUAGGGGUGAAGGAGUUGGGGGUCUUUUUCUAUCCAUUGCCUUCAAUUGAGCAUACUCGCAGGGUAUGUUAAUUCCUUGGCACUUUAUGUCUUCCCAAAAUGCAGGCAGAGCAGGCUGUGGUGGACAAAGAAAGCUGAUAAUGCAAAUAACUUCAGGUGCUGGCAGUUGGAAGUUGGCCCAAUGUGCAGAACGUUCUGUUCAGGGGCAUAUGGGCUUGGCCUAACCGAUCUGUUAUAGCCCUAAUAUUAUGCUGUUGUUGGUUUUUCAAUCAAUGCACAAAGUUGGAAAGAUAUAGAGCUGACCCUGAACAACAGGGGUCUGAACCAGUGUGGGUCUACUUAUAUGCAAAUUUUUUUCAAUAUAUACAGUUGGCCCUCCAUAUCAGUGGGUUCCACAACUGAAACCAAGAGUAGGUGGAAAAUACAGUAUUCUUGGAAUGCCAAUGGUCAUAUCCACAGGUUCCACAGGGCCAACUGUGGGACUUGAGUAUGUGUGGAUUUUGUUGUAUACGAGAGGUCCUGGAACCAAUCCCCCAUGGAUAACAAGGGAUGUUUGUAAUUUUAUUUACAAAAAGAAUGCAAAUUCUUGACAGACUAAAAAUGAGAAUGAAACUGACAAAAUUAGGAGGGGGAGGAGAAAAGACAAGAGAAAGUAAGAAUGUACCAAUUCCUCACCUCUCCUAGUAGGGAGCCAAUACACAGUGUGUAAAAUUUAUAAAUAAUGAUUUAGGUAAACAACCUAAAGUCAUGAAAGCUUCUAGCAAAACUAAAAGUAAUACAAUUUUUUAAAUUAGGAGUUAAGAAUAAGUUUUUGUCCCUUUGAAGGAUUUUCAGCUGGUGAGUCAAGAUGUAUAUGUACAGUAUUUAAGGUUAUAAUGAAAAGAACCAGAAGAACUAAAGCCAGAAAUUGUUAAUUGCAGUUGGGUCUAGGAUAUGGUAACAGAUAAGGUAGGUGGGUAGGUAGGAAGAGUAGGGGGGAGACCUUCACUUUUCUUUUAAUAUGUUCCUCCCUUUUGUUUGGAUUUUUAACGAUUAUUAUGCAUUAUUUCCAUAACAAACAAAUGGAAAUAAAGUGUAGCUUAACUACAAAAAGUAACUUUUAGAACACCCUUAACAAAUAUUUUGCAGGAAUCAAAUGAGGUAGGAUCUAUACAGUACGCAUGAACAUCAAAAAAUGAUCAGGACUUCUUAAGUCAAGUUAGUAAACUAAAAGAUAAUAGGCAUAGGAUCCAAAUUACAAGGGGGAGGAAGUAUGUGUGUGUAUGUAACACAUCUAUGUACAGUUGACCCUUAAGCAACAUGAAGUUAGGGGCACAGACCCUCACAGUCAAAAUUCCAUCCCCCAAAACUGUACUAACAGCCUACUGUUGAUCGGAAGUCUUACCAACAACAUAAACAAUUAUCACUUUUUUUUUUUGAGACGGAGUCUUGCUCUGUCACCCAGGCAGGCGUGCAGUGGUGCAAUCUUGGCUCACUGCAACCUCCGCCUCCUGGGUCCAAGAGAUUCUCCUGCCUCAGCCUCCCAAGUAGCUGCGAUUACAGGCACGCACCAUCACGUCUGGCUAAUUUUUAUAUUUUUAAUAGGGAUGGGGUUUCGCCAUGUUGGCCAGGCUGGUCUCAAACCCCUCGUCUCAAGUGAUUCGUCUGCCUCAGCCUCCCAAAGUGCUGGGAUUACAGAUGUGAGCCACCGCACCCGGCAAUUUUGUAUGUUACAUGUGUUAUAUACUGUAUUCUUAUAUUAAAGUAAGCUAAAGAAAACGUUUUAAGGAAAUCAUGAGGAGAAAAUACAUUUACUAUCCAUUAAGUGUAAGUGAAUCAUCAUAAAUGUCUCCGUCCUCAUAAUUUUCACCUUGAAUAGGCUGAGAAGGAGGGGUUGGCCUUGCUGUCUCAGGGGUGGCAGAAGUAGAAGAGGUGGAAGAGGAGGCAGGAGAGGGAGGCACAAUAAGUGUAAACUGAUGGAGAUAUGUCAUAAUUUGUCUGACUUUUUUGCUUUUCCAUUUCUCUAAACAUGUUUCCAUUUAGCACCAACUCUUCUUCCACCAUUUGCUUUAGAUUCAGUGCCUGUUUCAUAGAAAAGUCCAUGUUAUAAGAGAAGUCAAAAGCCAUAUUGAAUAAGUGGAACCCUUCUGCCAGAUUGUCUAAUGUCAAUUUGUUUUCUGGCACUGCUUCGUCUUCUUCCUCAUCGUCUGGCACUGGGUUCAGAAGGAGUCAUCUCCAUUAAGUGGUCUUCUGUUAAUUCCUCGGGUGUGGUGUCUCUUAGCUCUUGAAUUUCUCCAAGAUUCGUAUCUUGAAACCUUUUUUUGCCAUAUCCGCAAUCUCUUUCAUGAUUUCCUUGAUUGGCUCUGUCAUAAAUCCUGUGAAGUGAUGCAAAACAUCUGGAGUUUCCUCCAGCAGGAAUUUGUUUGGGCUUGAUGGCUUUUCAUGGUUUUUUCUGAAACAACAAUGGCAUCUUCAACGGUGUAAUCCUUUCAGACAUUCAUGAUAUUCUCUCAAUUGGGGUUCUCUUCCACAGAGUACUGUGCGUAAUGAUCCUUAAAGUCCUUAUGACUCCUUUUUCUAGAGGUUGAAUUAGAGGUGUUGUGUUUAGGGGCAUGUAGACCAUUUCAAUGUGUUUGUAUUGAACUCAUGGGGCUCUGGGUGGCCAGGGGCAUUGUCCAAUAUCAAAAGAACAUUAAAGGCAAUCCCUUACUGGCAAGGUACUUCCUGACAUUAGAAACAAAGCAUUUAUAUAACUGAUCCAGAAAAAGAGUUGCUGCUCAGCCAUCUUGCCGUACAACCAAAAGAGUGGCAGGCGGUGUUUCUUUUCCCUUCAAGGCUCAAUUUUAUAGAUAAGGGUAGUCCUGAUCAUAAAUCUGGCUGCAUUUACACAAAACAGUACAGUUAGCCCAUCCCUUCCUGCCUUGGAUCCUGAUGUUCACUUCUCUUCCUAAUAAAUGUCCUCUGUGGCACUAUUUUCCCCCACAAUAGGGCACUUUUGUUUGCCUUAAAAACCUGUUCAGGCAGAUAUCUUUUCUCCUCAGUGAUUUUCUCUAUUUUUUAUUUUUAUUUUUUAUUUAUUUUUUUUUGAGAGAGUCUCAUUCUGUCUCCCAGGCUGGAGUGCAGUGGUGCAAUCUCACUGUAACCUCUGCCUCCCGGGUUCAAGCGAUUCUCAUGCCUUAGCCUCCUCAGUAGCUGGGAUUACAGACGUGCACCACCACAUCUGGCUAAAUUUUGUAUUUUUAGAAGAGACAGGGUUUUGCCAUGUUGGCCAGGCUGGUCUCAAACUCCUGGCUUCAAGCAAUCCACCCACCUCAGCCUUCCAAAGUGCUGGGAUUACAGGCGUGAGUCACCAAGCCUGGCCUUUUGUCCUCAAUAAUUUUCUUAAUGGUGUCUGGGAACUCGUCGGCUGCAUCUGGGUCAGCAGAAGCUGCUUCUCCUGUUAUCUUGACAUUUUUUGAAAGCCAAACCUCUUUUUAAAAUUAUCAUACCAUCCUUCAUCUUCCUUUUGCUUUGUCAGAUAAUGACUUCACUUUUUCUUGAAUAUUAGAUUAUAUAGGUAUGCCUUUCUUAUAGCAAUCCUGCACCCACAAAAAGCUGCAUUUGCAAUAUGAGAUAAAAAGGUAUUUCCCAAAAAGUGCAAGGUUUUCAUGCUUGUUGGUGGAGCUGCAGUGACGGCUUCAUAAACUUCCUUUUGUUUUUAUACCACAGUCCUUAUACUGGAUUCAUUUAUCUUAAAAUGGCAGGUGACCUUAGCUGCAGACCUCAAUCUACAAUACAUAGCAAGCAAUUCAACUUUUUCUGUAAUGUCAUUAACUUUUCUCUGAUUCUUGGGAGCAUUUCAAGCACCACUAGUGGCACUUCGUAAGGGUCCCAUGGUGUUACUGAAGGUUUACAGUACUGCACUAAACACAACGAGAAAUAUGUGAGAACCUCAAGAGCUUACCUUUUACUGUGAUAUGCAAUGUACUGGAGAGAUCAACUGCUCACUCAGAGAUGAAUGUUACUUGGAAUUUUUAGCCAAUACCAGCAACACUGAAGCUCACUGCAAUAGCAACAGGAGGUGGCUACAAAAUCAUUACAGUAGUACACCAUGUACUACAGUAAAUUUGAUGCAGUUAUUAUUUAAUAUUGCAUCUUUACAACUGUUUACACUUCUCUUGAACCUAAUGGGUGCCAUGUAACUGUCCGUUUGUAUGUGUAAGUUUUGAUAAAUUUUAACUUUUUAUAACAGGCUUGUAUAUAUUUUAUGAUAGUAAAUAAUAAAAUAGCCUAGUAUCUACAUAUAUUUUAUGCAUUCAUGACAUAUCUAGCUUUUUCUUUUCUUUUUUUUUUUCCAUAUUUCUUGGCUAAGCGAUUCAUCUGUGAGGUUUUUCACAAAAUUGUUGCCAUCGCCAAAAAUAUUCCAUUUACUGAAAAAAAUCCACAUAUAAGUGUACCCAAGCAGUUCAAACUAAUGUUGUUCAAGAGUCAACUGUAUAAAAGGUAUUAAUAUGUCUGGAAAGAGAUAUGUUUCCAAUUUAACAGACACUACCAGUGAGCAGAAGAGUUGGGCUAGGCAGGAAACUUCAAAUUUUCCUUUUUUACUUUAUAUAUUCUAUUUGUAUCUCAAAUUACAACCUGUGGACCACAUUUAUUAGAAGAAAAUGCAGAUUCCUGAAACUUCCUGCAGACCCCAUGAGUGACAAUCUCAGGGGGAUGGAGUUCCAGAAUCUGCUUUUUUUCAUAGAUGUUUCCUUGUCAUUCCGGUGUAUAUCUGAGUUUCAGUAGCACUGCUAAUCAGUUGUUUGGGGUUCUCUCUCCUUCACCAACAUGUUCUUGCAAAACUAACCAAACACAUACAAAGCGCAAACAGUACAAUAGUGCACUGCACCUUCAUGACCCUUACCUCUUCCCGCCUCUUCCCACCUCUUCCACAUGUGAUAUGUGUGUACAUACCCACAGACAGAAACACAGAGACAUGUUUGGAAGCCAGUGUGGAUGCCCUGUGAUCUGUGUGUACACGUGACAAGUGCAUACACACACACAUACAGGAACACAGAGACGUGUUUGGAAGCCAGUGUGGACACCCUGUGAUCUGUGCAUACACAUUCGACACCUGCAUACACACUCACAGACAGAAACACAGAGAUGUGUUUGGAAGCCAGCGUGGAUGCCCUGUGAUCUGUGCAUACACAUGUGACACGUGCAUGCACACCCACAUACAGGAGCACAGAGACAUAUUUGGAAGCCAAUGUACGCCCUGUGAUCUGUGUGUACACGUGACACAUGCGUACACACGCACAUACAGGAACACAGAGACGUGUUUGGAAGGCAGUGUGGACGCCCUGUAAUCUGUGUGUACACACAUGACACAAGCGUGCACACCCACUGACAAGAACAGAGACCCAUUUGGAAGCCAGUGUGGGUGCCCUGUGAUCUGUGUGUACACGUGACACGUGCAUCCACACCCACUGACAAGAACACAGAGACACAUUUGAAAGCCAGUGUGGAUGCCCUGUGAUCUGUGUGUACACAUGUGACAUGGGCGUACGCACCUACAGACAGAAACGCAGAGAUGCAUUUGGAAGUCACUGUGGAUGCCUUGUCAUCUGUGUGUACACAUGAGACACAUGCAUACACACCCACAUACAGGAACACAGAGACACGUUUGGAAGCCAGUGUGGACGCCUCAUGAUCUGUAAGUACACAUAUGACAUGUGUAUGCACACCCACAGACAGGAACACAGAGACACAUUUGGAAGCCGGUGUGGAUGUCCUGUGAUCUGUGUGUACACAUGUUACACGUGUACACACCCACUGACAAGAACACGGAGACGCAUUUGGAAGCUAGUGUGGACGCCCUGUGAUCUGUGCAUACACAUGUGACACGUGCGUGCACACCCACUGACAUGAACAUGGAGACCCAUUUGGAAGGCAGUGUGGAUGCCCUGUGAUCUGUGGGAACACGUGACACGUGCGUACACACCCACAUACAGGAACACAGCCACAUUUGGAAGCCAGCGUGGACGCCCUGUGAUCUGUGUGUACACAUGCGACAGGUGCGUGCACACCCACAUACAGGAACACACAGAGGCGUUUGGAAGCCAGUAUGGGCAGCCAGGCCCUAUCCCAAAGCGGCGGGCAGGCGUCUCCUAAGAAUGGUUCUUGGACACACCUCUGAAAGGAAAAUACAACUCGGCACCGCAAUUGACUCGGCCAAAGGAAAAAAACUUAAGCUGAAAGCUGAGUCCUGCCCGAGGGAGCCUUUCCUUUGGCGCCUGAGCCGAGGGCUUCAGGGAGAGGGUCGCGCAUCGCAGCGCAGCCGCCCGUCUUCCCGUGGCUUCCCUAAGGCCGUGGCUGCUGCUCCUUUCCGCCGGCCACGCGCGCACGGCCUUCCCCUCCCGCCCACCCUGAGGCGCUGAAGCCCUCGACGCCGUCCUCGGGAAAGGCGCGGCCACUGCCCGUUUCUGAUUCCCGUUUCCUUCCUCCGGGCGCGUCCUUCACCGUGGCCAAAUCAGCCUCUCAAUUGCUGGAGCCCGGCCUCGGACACUUCUCGGCUUACGCCGCCAUACAGUGGCGCACCCCGAAACCCCGCGACCGACAGCUCGGCUGCCCUUGCGCACCUACACUCUCCAAGGCAGGGCUCGGUCCGGGGAGCUAGUUUCGCCAAGGCGAGGGGCGCGGGGCAGCCCAGGCGGCCGGAUGGGUACCAAGAGGGCGCGUCAGCUCCGGCGGGACGCGGCUUCCAGGGCCCGGGAGGGGUGCGGGACUCUCCGCCGGCGCCUGGCUGUCGGCGGAGGACCGCGGGGCAGGAGGGAGUGGAGACUGCGGCCCCAGCUCUGGCAGCGGGGAGCCCACCCAACGCCCUCCUCGGCCCUCGGCUCUUCCUGGGGCCAUCCCGCCCCUGCCCCUCGGCCUGGCACCUUUCCGGUUAGCCUCGGAGGCCGUGGCCGGGCAGGGUCCGUUCGCCUGGCUGGGGGGCCUCAGAACGUUAUUUCUGGGUGACAACCUGCAGGGCCUUCCGCCCCUCGCGACCUCUCGGGAGUCCCUUCCCCGGCGCCCCCGGGCCUGCAGGUUCGGUCUCGGGUCCUCCUUACCGCAGUCCACCCGGCUUUAGGCUAGUGGGCUUUAAUUACGUCGAUAAUAUGACUCCGGCGAUCUUGUGCGGCGAUGGGAUGCGGCCGUGGGCGGUGGAGUCCAGGCGGAGUCGGCUCUCCACACGCGAGGGCGCCUCCUCCUCACCGCUCGCCGGCUUCAAAGCUCGCGCCUCAGGCGACGGCAGCCAACGGGUUGCCGGCUGGAGGCCCCGCCGAUGCCCCGCCGAUGCCCCGCCCCCACGCCUCGACGCCCCGCCCCUUGCGUGCCCACCCGCGCCCCGCAGCGCCGACCCUAAGUUUCGGCGCUCAGUGGUCCGGUGCUCCCCAAGGCUGGGUGCCCAGAGUCAACCCCGAGGUCUCUAUGCCCCGCCUCCCGACGCCAGGAGGCAGGGCCAGCGCGCUGGGCGCGGGGGCGGGGCUUUGGCUGCGUCAGCCGCGUAGCCCGCGCGCGGAGCGGACCCUGCUGCGGCCGUUGGCCGUUAGCGCGGCUUCGGCGGUUGUCUUGGAGAAGCAAGAUGGCGGCGACGGCGGCCGCAGUGGUGGCCGAGGAGGACACGGAGCUGCGGGACCUGCUGGUGCAGACGCUGGAGAACAGCGGGGUCCUGAACCGCAUCAAGGCUGAACUCCGAGCAGCUGUGUUUUUAGCACUAGAGGAGCAAGAAAAAGUAGAGAACAAAACUCCUUUAGUCAAUGAGAGCCUGAAAAAGUUUUUAAAUACCAAAGACGGUCGUUUAGUGGCUAGUCUUGUUGCAGAAUUUCUUCAGUUUUUUAACCUUGACUUUACUUUGGCUGUUUUUCAACCUGAAACUAGCACACUGCAAGGUCUCGAAGGUCGAGAGAAUUUAGCCCGAGAUUUAGGUAUAAUUGAAGCAGAAGGUACUGUGGGUGGACCUUUAUUAUUAGAAGUGAUCAGGCGCUGUCAACAGAAAGAAAAAGGGCCAACCACUGGGGAAGGUGCACUAGACCUAUCUGAUGUACAUUCUCCACCAAAGUCACCAGAGGGAAAAACAAGUGCACAGACAACACCAAGUAAGAUACCAAGGUAUAAAGGACAAGGUAAGAAGAAGACAAGCGGGCAGAAGGCUGGUGACAAGAAGGCCAAUGAUGAGGCCAAUCAGAGUGAUACAAGUGUCUCUUUGUCAGAACCCAAGAGCAAAAGCAGCCUUCACUUACUGUCCCAUGAAACAAAAAUUGGAUCUUUUCUAAGCAACAGAACUUUAGAUGGCAAAGACAAAGCCGGCCUUUGUCCAGAUGAAGAUGAUACGGAAGGAGAUUCUUUCUUUGAUGAUCCCAUUCCUAAGCCAGAGAAAACUUACGGUUUGAGGAAUGAACCUAGGAAGCAAGCAGGAAGCCUGGCCUCACUCUCAGAUGCACCCCCCUUAAAAAGUGGACUCAGCUUCCUGGCGGGAGCCCCUUCUUUAAAAGACUCUGAGAGUAAAAGGGGAAAUACAGUUUUGAAAGAUCUGAAAUUGAUCAGUGAUAAAAUUGGAUCACUUGGAUUAGGAACUGGAGAAGACGAUGACUAUGUUGAUGAUUUUAACAGUACCAGCCAUCGCUCAGAGAAAAGUGAGAUAAGUAUUGGUGAAGAGAUAGAAGAAGACCUUUCUGUGGAAAUAGAUGACAUCAAUACCAGUGAUAAGCUUGAUGACCUCACACAAGAUCUGACUGUAUCCCAGCUCAGUGAUGUUGCGGAUUAUCUGGAAGACGUUGCAUAGACACGAAGAAGAAAGUAUUCUAAUUAACAAGGACAGAGGACUGACCGGUUCCAUUUUUUUUUUUUUUCCAGACAAUCACUCAGCUGGAAUGUCUGCUCUUUAUUGGUGCCUUGCAUUUCAAAAACACUGCAGAUAUUUUUUAAAAGUAAUUUUCAUUUUACUAAACAAAAUACUUCCUAUUUGAGCCCAUGUGUGGAAGAUUUAAUAUUCUUAAUUUAACUGUACAUUUCUUUUUGGAAAUUGAUGAUCUACACUCAGUUUCAUUACAGGGAAGGAACCCAUGAAAACAUCAGUGUUAAGAGCAUGAUGAAAGGUGUCAAUAAAGCCGUAGGAUCGCACAACCCUUUGUGUGUGUGGCUGCUGGUACGUGUGAUCUUUGAAAACCUUGGCUUUAGCCCUCUGGAAUCAGAGCUUACCCACCAUAGUAUAUUUUGAUAUUAGGUGGCUCUACACAUAGUUGGCAAAAUGACUUGGUAAAUUUGUAAUACUGAAGUAUAUUAGUAGAAGUUAAAUUUGAUGUGUCAACUUUAUUUUGUAUUUCCUUCCAUUUGGAAGGUUUGUUAGACCAUUAAGGUUAUAUUAAAGUACUCUUUUGUGUGCUAUUUAGUUUUGCUUGUUUUAAAGAAAUCUAGAAGUGGUUAUGAGUUUUAAUUCAUAGAAUUGUCAAUAACAUAACAUUUGCAAUUGUCAUUCCUCCUGUUUUAGUCGUAGGUUCUCUUCAUUAUAAUUUAUUAUUUGUAAAGAUUCCUUGAAACAUAUUCAGUACCAAAAUGCAUCUGAAACCAUUAAGCAGUGCUUUUAUUUCAGAUCUGUAAGUUAAUUGUAUUAAAAUCCAAAUUGGAAUGAAAUAGUAGUAAUGGCCUAAGACCAUGUUCAGUUUGACAAGCUUUAUAUACUGUACAUAAUUUCAUUGUAACCCUUAAAAAAUAGAGCCAAUAAUAGAAUUUCCGCAGUCUCAUUUAUACGGUUAAAGCAUUAUUGCUAUUAUGUAGGUCACGGACAUUUAUAAUACUAAAGUAUUUUAAAAUGUGCAAGUAGAAAAAAACAGAAAGUGAUGCAUGCAUAUUUAUAUAUAAGUAAAGCUAGGAUUGUGCUGUUUUUGCACUUUAUAAUUUCAAUUAAGUUGUAGCUUUUUACUACAAGUUACCUUUAUUAGUAAAAGGAGCAAAUUAGACCUAAUUCAUUGAUCUCGGUUAAGUGAGCAGACUGCAUGACUUGUGUAAUGCCAGUUUCUCAUUUCAUAUUAGCCUAAAUAUUACAGAAAUUACUCCUUGGGCUCUAAAAUGUAGAGGGAAUGAAAAUGUAAGGAUUAAGGCUGGGUAACAGAAUCUGGCUUUUUAAAAUUUAAGUGAAACUGAGCUGUAAACAUCAAGAGGAAGUAGGACAUAAACUGGGCCGGUACAGCCUGGAAGCCCUGUGUAUUUCUGCCCUCCGUCUGUGAGCUGCUAUCUCACUCUCCUUCAGCUCUUCAUGUCUUAGUAAACAGCACCACGUGCAGAUGUAAUCUUGUUGCAGUCCCCCAGUGUGGUUGUUAUAAAAUGCAUUUCUUUGUAAGUCAUCUCUGUAAACAGUCACUUUCUAAAAGCACUAUAGUUCUGGUCGCCUGGAAUCUGGAUCACAUGUAUGAUUUAUUUUUAAUAUUUGAUAGGAACUAGGUUUCAGUGAAAUGAUUUGAAAGCAUAGCAGGAUGUGGCUUUUUAAAUUUAUGAAACUUUCGAACAGUAGCAACUGAAAUUUGUUACUUUUCUGUUAUGCAGAGUAUCAGACCUUUUGAUAAUAUUUGGGAGGGUAAGAGAAAUAUGCCAAAUGUGAAACUUUUUUGUCAGCACUACAUGCAUCUUUUUUUUUGCGGGGGGCAGGGGGGACGGAGUCUCACUGUGUCACUCAGACUGGAGUGCAGUGAUGUGAUCUCGGCUCACUGCAACCUCCGCCUCCCGGGUUCAAGCGAUUCUCCUGCCUCAGCCUCCUGAGUAGCUGGGAUUACAGGUGCACACCACCACACCCAGCUAAUUUUUGUAUUUUUAGUAGAGAUGGGGUUUCACCAUGUUGGUCAGACUGGUCUUGAACUCCUGACCUCGUGAUCCUCCUGCCUUGGCCUCCCAAAGUGCUGGGAUUACCGGUGUGAGCCACUGCACCUGGCCAGUACUAUAUCCAUUUUAUUGAAUAAUUUUGAAUGACUUAAAGUUCAACUAUGAAAAAGCUUUCUUUUCACAUGUACUUUUUGAUUAGGUAUUAUCAACUUAUUAAACUUGAAGAUGUGAAGUGACAGGUUUUGCAUGUGAUGAGUGUUUUCUGUUAAAAAAUAAAUAUUGAAAUAUUAACCCAUGAAAUACAUUUUUAUGGUAACCUAUGUUUUACAGUGGAGUUUUAAAAAUGCUAGGUCUUUCAUUUUAUUGAUAACUACAAAUGAAUAAAAAGCAUUUAUUCUCUUUGUUGA